GAGGGAGGUACUGGAGACAGUGAGGGUUUGUUUUAAUGGGAAGGAGUGUUUGGGCAGAGCGUUACAAAGAUCGCUGAGUGUGUGAACGAGAUGCUCAUCGUGACGACUGGAGAUUUAACAGGAAGCGAUCAUUGAUCAGAGAGAUGUUAAUGUGUGCCCGGGAAGAGAAGAGGACACCCUCAGUGUGACCAUAACCUGGAAUUGCACUGAAGGUAUGAGACAGAUGGUUAUGACUAUCCCAUAAUCCUCAGCUGCCAUGAACAAGAGUAGGGCUAAGACUGGCUUGGUGAGGAAGCUAACCAGAGGAGGUCCUCCCAAGUUAUUCCUCAUGAAAACCAAGAAGGGAGAUCAUCCAAAGGGAAGCCAAGACAAGCUGGUGGCGAAUUACAGGUUUCUGAGGAAUCAGGAGGUCGAGUCAACUGAAACCUGGUCGAGGGGCAACUAUUCUGAGGAUCCGGAUCUCUCAGCGUGGGCCAUGGCCCCACGAAUUGAUGAGUCAGUAUUUGAAGAGAGUAUAGUGAGUAGAUACCCAGGAGACGUAGAUGAAGAAAAGGGUCAUCAUUCCUCACUGAGCAUGCCCGGGGUCAGAGGACAGGAUAGCACCCUGAGCCAGGUCCCUGUCAAAUGCAGAGUCAAACCAGGGAAGGAAGCAAGAGCGAGGAACAAGCGAUGGAUGAAGGGAACGAGGGGGUCACGUGCAGCUUGGGGAUCACUGCUCUGUGUGAAGAAGAUGAGAAAGCACCAAGAGGAGGAGGAGGAGGCAGAGGAAGAGACUCUGAAUGGUCAGCAAACAGGCCAAAUUCUGACAAAGGCUGAGAGGCAGACACAGAGCUGCCUUCCUGCUCAAUUACCUGAGCAUCAGAGGGAAGUCCCUAGACUCAGGCACAACAUAGCAGGCUGCGACUCGGACCUCUCAUCGCCAGCAGACCCUAGCCUCGGUGCUCAAGCAGAGGAAGAUGAUUCCAAAGCAGCCACCCCAGAAGAGGAACCAGAGAUUCAAAGCAUGGACAGUCGGGCCAAGCUGAGGAGAAGGUCCAGCGGUUGGGCUUCCUUCAGAUAUCUCAUGAAGUCGAGAAAGGACUGGACAAGUUUUAUCGACAAAAGCACAAAUCUCUCAGGCAGCCAGAGCCAGUCGGAGACCGGAAUCCCACCAGAUUCCUGGGAAUCUGAAGUAACUGCCUCAUCCGACUCAAAGGCACCAGAGUUGAUUGGAGAGCAGAGAAACCGGAGUCCGAGUGAAGAUCCUGAGGGAGCGGCCUAUUCCUCAAGCCCCCUCCACACAGUUAAUAAAGUCCUUCAUUCAGAAACUGCAGCCAUUCCACUGACUAGGCACCAAGAUCCUGCGGUAUCAGGAGCCUCUGAGGAUUCCCAGGCCGAGAUCCACUGGGACGUGGUGAAAGAGAGAGUCGGGAUCGAAGGAUCUCUCCCAGCAAUGUUCCAGGAUGAGAUGGGGCAUUCCAAGGACAAUGGUGAAGAGACAUUAGUUGACGGCGGGCAAGAUGGCAACCAGUGGGUAUGUGACUUUGAGCCUGUGUCACCAAUGCUUUCCCUUCGAUUAACACCACAGAGAGAGCAAUGUGAGAUUGGCAGUGCCAAACUGAACCCAUCGCACCCUCUGGGCAGUGAUGGGUUCCCAGGUGGUUUACAAGAAGAGUUGACUCCAGCUACUCUGAGAGUUGUGAUCGAGUCAGAGAGACAAGAGCGGGCGCAGGGAAUUCUGUAUGAUUCCCGACUCGCACAUUCGCAAAGAACAAGCCCCAUUCUAUUGCGAUCAAGUCCAUUGGCAAAGGAAGAUAAUAUAGAACGGAUUGUUCAAGAGCUGUUGACCAUUGAGGAGGCUACACAGAAACUGGAAAGUUGUGAUCUCACUGAAUCAGUCAGGAAGACCACAAAUCCUGCCUGCUUCUCCCCAGGUGACAGCACUAAGCAAGGACAGGAAGCCUAUGUAGGUGCAAAUAGGUCAACACUGGGAUUUGUUGAGCAAGGAAUGAAUAUUGUAGCCGCCUCUCCCGGCCGUGACCCUAUACUGCCCCCUGGCAUCUCUGAGGAAGUUUUUGCUGCGGAAUGUCAAGCCCAUAAAUGUGUGAAUUGGAACAACUCGCCAGAGGAUGGGAGCACGGCAGGCAAUAGGGGAGGGGACGCUGACCCUGCAAGCGAUGCUGCCCCUGGGCUUGAGUUUCUUGCCUUCAGCAGUGGAGCGGAUAGCCAGGAGGCAGUGUUAGUCCACACAGCAUCCUGUAUCGUGCAGUCGGCUAUGCAGGCCGCAGUGGAGCAAGUGGCUGGAGAAACUGCCAUGAAGAUCGUUCCGGAAAACUGCCCCCUGCCUGACAUUCUGGAUUCAUAGUGGGUGCGUGAUGAGUGCGAGCCAGACAAAGGCAGGACUCAAAACCUCAACCCGUUCCAUGUUUGACAACAAAACCUUUGCUCUCCCACAUCCCACAUCCACCCUGCCCACUGCAAAUCUUCAUUCCCUUUUCUCUGUUACAGUGCUAACUCAAAACAACAGCUAUUCAACCAGGAAACCUGCACCCUCUCUCUCUCUCUCACACACACUUUCUCUUUUGGCACUGAACAAACUCUGUCUCUCUCUCUCUCCCUCCCUCUCCUCCUUCACUCACUUUCUCUCAGCACUGACCACUCUCUCUCACUCUCACUCUUUCUCUCUCUCUCUCAGCACUGAUCAGUCUCUCUCUUUCUCUCUCUCUCUGAUUCUCUCUCUCUCUCUCAGCACUGACCACUCUCUCUCACUAUCUCUCUCUCCCUCCUUCUCGCUCUCCAGCUUGAGUAAGACAGUCUCUGAAUCACCCACCACCCUGCAGGCACACACACACACACACACACACACACACACACACACACACACACACACACACACAUACACAGACACACAGACAUGCAGAUACACAGACACACACACACAGACACACACACACACACACACACACACUCACUCGCACGGACAUACAUGCACACAUGCACACACAGAUACACACACACACACACAUACACACACACACACACACACAGACUGAAUAGACUGGGAUUGUACUCAUUGCAAUUCAGAAGAACGAGGGGAGAUCUUACAAAAACAUAUAAGAUUAUGAAGGGAAUAGAUAAGGUGGAGGCAGGGAGGUUGUUUCCGCUGGCAAGUAAAACUAGGACUAGAGGGCAUCGCCUCAAAAUAAAGGGAAGCAGAUGUAGGACUGAGGUCAGGAGGAACUUCUUCACCCGAAGGUUUGUGAAUCUGUGGAAUUCCCUGCCCAGUGAAGCGGUUGAAGCUUCCUCGCUGAAUGUGUUUAAGGCAAGGCUAGAUAAAUUUUUGAACAGUAAAGGAA